AUGACAUCUAAUGAGCCACCAACACCGGCUGGGUCUCAUACUCUUGAACGCUCUGUAGACACACCGGUAGAGCCACGUCAACCACCCUCACAUAUUGGCACACAUUCUGCGACUCCAGCGGCACCCAGUACCCACCACGAAACCGCUAACGGUGGGACCUUUAUCAAUAAUGCGCUCCACACCUCAAGCGCAAGUUAUUACGGUGGACGAGGAUCUGGUCUGUUCUCAGCAUCAAGCAAUGGUACAGCAUUUCCAUCGCCGGAUGCUGUCGACAAUCGCGUUCUCGAAUCCAGCGAAGAAACUUUGAAGGAGCCGAAGGCGGAGCGCGAAGAACAGAUAGUUCCUGAUCUUGUACACAGCGACUCUUCCUCAGACUCGGAACACGAAGAACCUGGAGAUUAUGCGGCAAUCAAGCCAGCUUCGUCAGUCACGAGGCCUACGUUACAGUCAACGCAGUCUAAGCCGAUGACUGAAGAGGACGUUUUCCGUUUUCUGUCAAGAAGAAGGACCAGCCAGAGCAAUGGCCUGGGGCGAAGAGAUACACGAGCUACUGCAUCGAGCGCCGAUGAGGAGCAAGAUGAGAUCAACAAGCUGAUGUCAAGAAUGUUUGGGCACACACGUCAGGAAGCAUCAGAAGAAGAAAAGACACGUCAUGUUGGUGUAGUGUUCAAGAACCUUACCGUCAAAGGUCAGGGCCUUGGGGCCGCGCUGCAGCCCUCGGUUGGUGAUUUCUUCAUGAAUCCUGUACGGCUCAUCAAAAACCUUGUAACUCGUGGACCUAAAGCAGCUGCUGGAAAGCCACCCGUUCGCACACUGAUUGACGAUUUCUCGGGAUGCAUCAAGCCAGGAGAGAUGCUUCUCGUUCUAGGACGGCCUGGUAGUGGAUGCAGUACAUUCCUGAAGAUGCUUGGUAACCAACGGUUUGGUUAUGAAGAGAUUACUGGCCAAGUCAAGUAUGGUGGAACUGAUGCUGACGAGAUGGCUAAGAAGUACAGGAGCGAGGUGCUCUACAACCCAGAAGAUGACCUCCACUAUGCCACCCUGAAAGUCAAAGAUACGAUCAAAUUUGCGCUGAAAACCCGCACACCAGGCAAAGAUUCUCGAAAAGAGGGAGAAUCGCGAGCGGAUUACGUCAAGGAGUUCCUCCGUGUCGUUACCAAACUGUUCUGGAUCGAGCAUACAAUGGACACCAAGGUCGGUAACGAGUUCGUCCGUGGCGUAUCUGGUGGUGAGAAGAAGCGCGUUUCCAUCGCGGAGGCUAUGAUCACGAAGGCAUCCGCACAAUCGUGGGACAACUCUACCCGUGGACUGGACGCCUCCACAGCCCUGGAAUAUGUACAGAGUCUGCGAUCACUCACCAACAUGGCCAAUAUCUCCACGAGUGUUGCUUUGUACCAGGCUGGCGAGUCGCUGUACGACCUAUUUGACAAGGUCCUCUUGAUCCAUGAGGGCCGAUGUUGUUACUUUGGUCCUUCUGAUCGUGCUGCGGAAUACUUCAAGGACCUAGGGUUCCAUCAACCAGACCGCUGGACGACUGCUGAUUUCUUGACGUCAGUCACCGACGAUCAUGAGCGUCACAUCAAGGACGGCUACGAAGACCGUAUUCCUCGAACUGGCGCCCAGUUUGGCAAGGCUUUCUUCGACAGCCAACAACACCAGGACAACCUUGCCGAGAUAGAGGAGUUCGAAAAGGAGACCCAGCGUAUGAUGGAGGACCGUCGUGCUGCUGCAACCAAAGCAACGAAGAAGAAGAACUUCACGUUGCCCUUCCACAAGCAAGUCAUGGCUUGUACUAAGCGCCAGUUCUUGGUCAUGAUUGGUGACCCACAAUCUUUGGGUGGCAAGUGGGGAGGCAUCUUUUUUCAGGCUCUGAUCGUUGGAUCCUUGUUCUUCAAUCUGCCGAACACUGCUGCAGGUGUCUUCCCUCGUGGUGGUGUGAUCUUCUUCAUGCUGCUGUUCAAUGCACUUCUUGCUCUGGCUGAGUUGACUUCUGCCUUUGAAAGUCGACCGAUUCUGCUGAAGCACAAGAGCUUCUCUUUCUAUCGCCCUGCCGCGUAUGCGAUUGCUCAGACUGUCGUCGACGUUCCUCUCGUCCUUGUCCAGGUCGUCAUCUUCGAUUUAGUGGUCUACUUUAUGGCCAGCCUGCAACGCACAGCAUCACAGUUUUUCAUCUCGCUGUUGUUCCUUUGGAUCAUCACCAUGACCAUGUAUGCAUUCUUCCGAGCCAUUGGAUCCCUGGUAGGAUCUCUCGACAUUGCUACACGUAUUACUGGUGUCGCCAUCCAAGCGCUUGUUGUGUAUACCGGCUAUUUGAUACCUCCGAGCAAGAUGCAUCCUUGGUUCAGUUGGUUACGAUGGAUUAACCCUAUUCAAUACGGAUUCGAAGGCCUCUUGGUCAACGAAUUCUACAACCUCGAAAUUCAGUGCACGCCACCAUACAUCGCCCCACAAGUGCCCGGUGCACAGGAGCAAUACCAGUCUUGCGCGAUUCUAGGUAGCAGACCGGGUUCACUGACUGUAGCCGGUGCAGACUACGCCGAAGCCGCUUUUGGUUAUUCGCGCAGCCAUCUGUGGCGUAACUUCGGCAUCAUCACAGGCAUGUUCAUCUUUUUUGUUUGUCUCACAGCAAUUGGUAUGGAGAGCCAGAAGCCCAACAAAGGCGGCGGCGCGGUUACCAUUUUCAAGCGUGGUCAAGUGCCCAAAUCCGUCGAAAAGGACAUGGAGACUCAGAAGCCAAACGACGAAGAGUCUGGGAAGAUCAAGACUGCUGCAGUCAACGAGAAGGCUGAAGGUAGUCAGGACUCUGACGACAGGCUGGGUGGCGUUGCAAAGAAUGAAACCAUCUUCACGUUCCAGAACAUCACCUACACUAUCCCGUAUGAGAAGGGAGAACGCACCCUACUCAAGGAUGUGCAAGGAUACGUCAAGCCCGGAAAGUUAACAGCUCUGAUGGGUGCCUCUGGCGCUGGAAAGACGACUCUACUAAAUACUCUGGCGCAGCGUAUUCGCUUCGGUGUGGUACAUGGAGACUUUCUCGUCGACGGCAAACCUCUACCUUCUUCAUUCCAACGGUCGACUGGUUUCGCUGAGCAAAUGGAUAUUCACGAGUCGACAAGCACAGUGCGCGAGGCUUUGCGCUUUUCUGCACGCCUACGUCAGCCGAAAGAUACCCCCAUACAAGAAAAGUAUGAUUACGUUGAGACCAUUAUCGACCUGCUUGAGAUGCGAGACAUUGCAGGCGCUGCCAUCGGCACAACUGGAUCUGGACUAAACCAGGAGCAGCGUAAGAGGCUGACCAUCGGCGUUGAACUUGCCAGCAAACCAGAACUGCUCAUGUUCCUUGACGAGCCGACAUCUGGACUCGACUCGGGUGCUGCUUUCAACAUCGUCCGCUUCCUGCGCAAGCUUGCCGACGCUGGCCAGGCUAUCCUCUGCACCAUUCAUCAACCGAGUGCAGUUCUUUUCGAACAUUUCGACCAACUUCUUCUGCUGAAGUCUGGAGGUCGUACAGUCUAUUUUGGCGAUCUAGGUCACGACUCGGAAAAGCUCCUCAAGUACCUCGAGCACAACGGGGCCAAGAAGUGUCCACCACAGGAGAAUCCUGCCGAAUACAUGCUUGAAGCGAUAGGUGCCGGCAAUCCCGAUUAUAAGGGCCAGGAUUGGGGUGAUGUAUGGGCCAAAUCCGAGGAGAACCAGAAGCUCGGCAAGGAGAUCCAGGACAUCGCUGCGAACCGGAAGUCUGCUUCAAAGAACAACGAAGCCAAAGACGACAGAGCAUACGCCAUGCCCUACAUGACACAGUGGCUAGCCGUUGUGCAGCGCAAUUUCGUGGCGAUGUGGAGAGACCCCGACUAUGUCCUUGGUAUUGUCACGCUCCACAUCAUCACUGGCCUGUUCAACGGGUUCACUUUCUGGAAUCUGGGACAAUCACAAGUUGACAUGCAGUCCCGAUUGUUCUCGAUCUUCAUGACCCUGACCAUCUCGCCGCCUCUGAUCCAGCAACUACAGCCGCGUUUCAUCAACAUUCGAUCGAUUUACGAGUCGAGAGAGGGCAACGCGAAGAUUUACUCGUGGACUGCAUGGGUUUGGGGGGCCAUUCUCAGUGAGAUUCCGUACCGCAUCGUUGCUGGUACAAUCUACUGGUGCUGUUGGUAUUUCCCGCCCGCGUUCCCCCGUGAUACCUACACAGCAGCGAGUACCUGGCUCUUUGUUACGCUUUUCGAAAUGUUUUACCUUGGCUUUGGUCAGGCCAUUGCAGCUUUCGCUCCCAACGAGCUGCUUGCUUCGCUGCUCGUGCCGCUGUUCUUCACUUUCAUCGUGUCUUUCUGCGGUGUAGUCGUUCCCUACGCCGGUCUACCCACCUUCUGGCAGGCCUGGAUGUACUGGCUUACGCCUUUUAAGUACCUUCUUGAAGGCUUCCUCGCGCUGCUAGUCCAGGGCCAGGAGAUCCGGUGCGACGCUAACGAGCUGGCGAUCUUUCCUCCCCCACCCGGCCAAGACUGUCAGACGUAUGCUGGGCAGUUCGCGCAGCAGGCAGGUGGGUACGUGGAAGCGCAGCCAGACGGGACAUGUGGAUACUGCCAGUUCGCCACCGGCGAUGCAUUUGCGGCCAGCUUCAACGUGUUCCCACGGUAUAUCUGGCGCGAUUUUGGCAUCAUGUGGAUCUACAUUUUCUUCAACUUUGCAGUCGUCUUCAUUUGCACGUGGCUGUAUCUCGGCGGUAUGCGUCAGAUUGUUUCAGUGUUCAAGCCCUCGGCGAGAAAGGAGAAGGCGGCGAAGAAAAAUAAGACGCAGAAUGGCGAUGCUGCGUAG